AUGGAAUCGGCCAUCAUAAUCAUGUGGAAAUACAGCACAUUCGGGAUGAUAAUGCUACGAAACAUACCCAAUAAAGUUGACCAGGCCAUGCUGAAGCGGAUCGUGGACGAGUCCAGCUGGGGCAAAUAUGAUUUCAUGUAUUUGCGGAUCGAUUUCGCCAAUGAUUGCAAUGUUGGAUACGCCUUUGUCAACUUCGUAGAUCCUCUUGAUAUUGUAGAUAUGCCCGUGGAAACCAACGAUGGAAUUGUUUCAAAAGUGACAAGGUCGCCGAAGUCUCAUAUGCCAAAGUUCCGCAACAGCUCUGUCAUGCUCGAGGCGGCACACUAUCGACCGAAGUUGUACUUCACCUCCAAUGGACCUAUGCCAGAGCUGGCAGGACGUGAGGAGCCUUUUCCAGAGCCAGACAAUCAAUCGAAAAUGAAACGAAGCUGCGAGAACGCUGAACACGUUGGUCUAUUCACUCCAAACGCUGGGCAGCACUUCCGAGAUGAGCAGAGGCGAAGGCGGUCACAAUUUGACCGAGGCACCCGUCUUGCUGCCCUCGAGGAGUACGAUUACGAUACAACCAUCCACCAUCUCUACCACCCUGAGCAUCUCGCUGUCUGCAGGCGUGGCUCUUGA